UUUUAGUGGAGGAUGCGAACUUGGAUCCAUUGUCUUUGUCUAUUUCAUCAUCGUCCGUGGGAGCCUUAGGUCUCCAAGAAAUGUCAGAGAAAUGUCAGAGUCCAUUUACGAGCCACCUCAAGAUGUCUGCAAUUGGGCCACAACGGAAUCCUCAAUAAACCUUCACGGAUGGAAUUUGGGAGCAUCUUGAGCAGCUUUCGACUGGCUGCGGAGUUUGUCUGCUCAGCAGCGCGGUCCCAAUUGCAGCAUAUGCGAUUCUGAUAAGUAUUGGUAUAGUAGUGAAUGCGCAAGUGAAAGGCCGGCAAUUCUUGUGGGUUGCAGUCUGCACUCGCAGUGUUUGGCGCGCUCAUGCUGAGUAUGAGAGCUCUCGUACGCCGAUUGGUACAGAGCUGGAAGAGUUGGUGGGAAGUUGAAUUCGCAGCUCGUCCAGAAAGGAUGCCGACUUUAGACAGGUCGUAGCGUGCUACUUGCGAACUAUUGUGAACUAGCGGUUCGCAAACUGGUAUGGAACUUCCAAGAUCAAGAAGGUCUGCCCAUUCGCCGCUGGGACGGAAGUCUGAUUCUGCACAUACUCACACGCCUGUCGCUGAUGAAAAAGGAUCCAGAUUGCCCGUGCUACUAAGCAGUGUUCUUCUUUUAGCUCUUGGAGGGACUUUACUGUACACUACUUCCUUCUCUCUCAAUUGUGGCGAUCAACUGGAGCAAUCGUUGUCUCCAUCGUUUGAAUCAGAUUCAAGUGCACCGACAAUCAGAAAGGUUUUGGAUGGUGGAGUCUUGCCGACCUCCCACGUUUUGGACGAACUGAAACUGAGUGAUGCAGACAACACGCUUGGAGGUCUUUUGGCGGAUCUUUCUGAAUUCGACUCCAACAGUUGCGCCAGUCGAGCUCAGCACCUGCAGAGAAAGACCAAAUUCAAGCCUUCUCAGGAGCUCGUUCAGAGAUUACGAAGGUAUGAAGCUCAACAUCGUAAAUGCGCUAGCCGAGCGAAGGAUUUUGGUCAACCAAAGUCCGGAAGCCGAGUGGAAGUGCAUGACUCCGAGGCACCUGAAGAGGAUUGCCGCUACGUGGUAUGGAUCGCCUACAGCGGUUUGGGGAACAGACUCAUGACACUUGUUUCAGCUUUCUUAUAUGCUCUUCUUACGAACCGAAUUCUCCUAGUGGAUAGAAGCUCCGAUAUGAGCAAGCUGUUUUGUGAACCGAUUCCUCGGACUUCUUGGCUCGUCCCCUCCGAGAUCACGGUCGAAUUCGUUCAAGGCUUGAACGAAUCGUCGCCACAACGUUUUCGCCACGGGUCUAGCACAGCCGGUGACAAUUCAUCUACAGCUGAGUUCUCCUACGUUCAUCUGACUCAUACUUCUGAUAGCGGGGAUGAGAUGUUUUUCUGCGAUUCAGGCCAACAGCAGCUGGACACGAAACCGUGGCUAUUCAUUAAGUCCAAUAGUUACACAGUCCCGGGAUUAUUUUUCAUCACCCAAUUCCGUGCUGACUUGAGUGUACUUUUUCCUGACAAGGAAGCAGUCUUUCAUUUGUUGGGGCGAUAUCUUUUCCAUCCCUCUGAUGCAGUGUGGGGAUGGAUCACUCGGUUCCACAAAUCCUACCUUGCACACCACGAUCAGCAAGUGGGGAUACAAAUCCGAACAUUUGACGACUCGCCGUUGCCUUAUUUCUUAGAGCAGAUUCAAGAAUGUGUUGAGCAGCACGAGCUCUUGCCGAAGGUAGUAAAGAAUGUGGACUCGAUCAGAAGGUCGGAGGAAUUGCAGUUGCAGAAUCUGCAGGCUUCCGAAAAGGACAUAACCGUCCUCGUGACCUCUCUGCAUCCGUACUAUUACGAGAACCUCCGGGAUGUUUACCUGUCUGGGCCUACCGAAGGUGGGGAGAGCGUCUCGGUUCAUCAACCCAGUCACGAAGGCUGGCAGAAAACCAACACCUUUGGGCACGACCUGAAAGCUUGGGCUGAUAUCUAUCUCCUGUCACUCAGCGAUGUCUUACUCACGAGUGGCUGGUCUACCUUCGGAUACUCAGCCCAGGCACUGGCCGGAGUCUCACCUUGGAUUCUACCCAGAUCAACGGAUGGUCAGGUACCCAAUCCCGUCUGUGUGAAAGCCCGAUCUAUGGAGCCAUGCUUUCACAGGCCUCCCCUGCUUAAGUGUAAAAUUCCCGAGGGUGCAAACCCUGCCACCAUCCUGCCGUACGUGCAGCCCUGCGAAGAUGUGAAAUGGGGCAUCAAGUUGAUCACUACACCUCCAACGCAAGUACGGGACCACCUGUAAAAUGAUCAGUGAACAGAGCUUUGGCUUCUACGGACGCAAAGCUUGCCUCCGUGUUGACACGAAGGAACGCGGGUUUGGCACUCGUCUGGACACAGAGAAUAUAUGGAAUUAGAAUUAGAAUUAGAAUGUGUGAAAUGACAAGACGAGUAGCGGAUGCGUGCAGGGCCUACCUCAGUCCAGGAGGUGUAUUCUGCACUCCCGGGGGAACCUGGGGGAGACGGCGAUGGUGUGACCACUCCAAUUGUCUUCUGCUAUUUUGUAAAUUUGAUAUAAAAAUGACUCUCCUGUACCCUGGCCGCC